GUGACAACCAUGAGUGGAAAAAGCUAAUUAUGGUUCAGCACUGGCCUGAGACAGUAUGCGAGAAAAUUCAUAACGACUGUAGAGACCCUCCGGAUUACUGGACAAUACAUGGACUAUGGCCUGAUAAAAGUGAAGGAUGUAAUAGAUCGUGGCCGUUCAAUUUAGAAGAGAUUAAGGAUCUUUUGCCAGAAAUGAAGGCAUACUGGCCUGAUGUGAUUCACUCGUUUCCCAAUCGCAGCCGCUUCUGGAAGCAUGAGUGGGAAAAGCAUGGGACCUGUGCCGCCCAGGUGGACGCGCUCAACUCCCAGAAGAAGUACUUUGGCAGAAGCCUGGAACUCUACAGGGAGCUGGACCUCAACAGUGUGCUCCUAAAAUUGGGGAUAAAACCAUCCAUCAAUUACUACCAAGUUGCAGAUUUUAAAGAUGCCCUCGCCAGAGUAUAUGGAGUGAUACCCAAAAUCCAGUGCCUUCCGCCAAGCCAGGAUGAAGAAGUACAGACAGUUGGUCAGAUAGAACUGUGCCUCACUAAGCAAGACCAGCAGCUGCAAAACUGCACUGAGCCGGGGGAGCAGCCGUCCCCCAAGCAGGAAGGCUGGCUGGCAGAUGGGGACACUGAGAGCCGCGGUCUGAGGGUCUGUGAAGAUGGCCCAGUCUUCUAUCCCCCACCUAAAAAGAUCAAGCACUGAUGCCCAAGUUUUGGAAAUAUUCUGUUUUAAAAAGCAAGAGAAAUUCACAAACUGCAGCUUUCUAAAAAACAACUCCAAAGUGAA